CCCUCCAGGAGUGAAAGAAACUCGUGUGACAGCGCGGGGUCCGGCCAGUGCAGCAGCAGCAGGAGGUCACCAACCUGUAGCUUCCUUGUAGGUCAUACGUCUUUUUUCAAUUUGCGUAUUCCUGGCCCCGCUUGGUGCACUACAGCUCCCGACAGGCCUUGCGAGCGCUAUUGAUACUCCUCUGACGUGCACAUGACACGCGCUGCUGCUGGGAGAUGUAGUUUUUAUUGGGACCCAAACACACUGCUUUUAUUGGAGGCAGAAGUGACUGCAGAGCGGUUAUGCCAUGGUGUUAGAGGGUAGUGUGGACGUGCCAGAGCAGGACCAUCAGCGGUACUUAUUUUCCCAGCCUCCAUGGCUGUUAAGAUAUUCUUCCCAACAUGUUGCUCAGCAGCAGAGAGUGGGCUUCUUAUCGGCCGCUGGAUUUCAGAGCACCGGUCCGCAGUGGUCCUAGCCAUGCUGCACGUCCCCUUUAUCCCCGGCCAAGUGAAGCAGUACCUGGCACACCUGCAGCAAAGUACAGGACUGAGCCUCUCUGUACUGGGAUCUUGGAGUCACAAGAAGGCAGAGAAGGAUGAGAAAAUUGAGUCGUUUUUAUAUGAUUUGAGCAGCAUCUUCAGCCAUCGACCUUGGCUUCGGUUAUCAAGGGAAGCAUCUAGCAAGUUUUGGGACUGCAGUAUUGAAAGAUGUGAUGGUGGUGAUCAGGAGGAGGUGGUUUUGGUGUACUAUGAUGAGAGGAAACUGAUGCUGUCAGAGCUGCACUCUGUCACGGAGAACUCCGAAAUAGCCUCUGUGUUUGCUACUGUGGCAAAGUGCCGGCCUCUGUUUGCCAAACACAAGUAUGAUGAAGGCCCAAUAAAGCUGACACACUGGCAGUCCGAUGGAGUGGAGGCCAGCAUUAUUGUGGAGCUGAUCAAGCAAUUUUCAGUUCCUUUGUGUGCAGUCUUGUCAUUCCUGGUCUCAGUGCUUACCAGCCUACGUACCCUCAGGGUACUUGGUGGAAAGCCACUUUCCUUUGUAUGGAACAAGCUGUCCACCUCCGAGCAGUUGGGAAAACGCCUGGAGAAUAUCGGACUGGUCAGCAGCACAGAGAGAGCCAAGGACCAUAAAGAGUUCAUGCGGAAGGCCAACACUGUAGUGUCCAUUCUAUUAGACAUGGCCCUGGGGGUUUUACUGAUGUCCUGGCUGUACAGGGAGAACCAAAUUAGUCAACUGGCCGACACUCUCAUGCCCGUGGCUGAUCGAGUUGCUGUGGAGCUGCAGGAACUGCUACAGUGGCUUAUGGGGGCCCCUGCUGGAUUAAAAAUGAACGGCGCUCUGGAUGAAGUCUUGGGACGCUUUUAUAUGUAUCAUAUCCACCUCUGGACCAGUUAUAUUCGCCUGAUGUCCCCAUUUAUCGAAGUCAUCCUGUGGUACAUAGGCUUGUCAGCCUGUCUGGGCUUGUCCAUUGCUCUGUCCAUCCUCUCCGAUAUCAUUGCCCUCCUUACUUUCCAUAUACCUGUAUAUUGUUUCUAUGUUUAUGGAGCUCGCCUGUAUUGCUUCAAAAUGCACGGACUCUCUUCUCUUUGGCGUCUCUUCCGUGGCAAGAAGUGGAACGUCCUCCGUCAUCGAGUGGACUCCUGCUCCUAUGAUUUGGAUCAGCUUUUUCUUGGGACAUUGCUGUUUACAGUCCUGCUAUUUCUGCUGCCAACCACAGCCCUGUAUUACCUGGUAUUUACUCUGCUGCGUUUGCUUGUGGUUCUGGUUCAAGGUUUGAUCCAAUUGAUUGUAAAUCUGCUGAACACUCUCCCACUCUAUACUGUGGUCUUGCGCCUCUGCAGACCCCACCGUCUUGUUAUUUGUUUUUUAGCUGGUGUAAAAUUCCGAAUGCUGGAACAGAAAACUGGGAAAUCCUUAAGGCUGCUCAUGCAGAUCAACCCAUUGCCAUAUAAUGGUGUUCUACAGAGCUACAUGCUGCCAUCUAACCAGUGCUACCCUAAAGAUUCCUGGGGAUCCCUGUGUCGGAAGCUGUUCAUUGGAGAACUCAUAUACCCCUGGAGGCAGAAAGGAAACAAGCAGGACUAAUGGACAACUGAUAACAUUAUUGUCAAGCCCGGUUUUUAUAAAAUCACUAACCGGAUAAGCCCGUAUGCUUCUAAAUAUGUCUGCCUGGACUUGACAAAGAGUUGGGCUCACCAGCUGGGUUUAAAUAAAACAAGAAGUGACAGCGAACAGAAAUAUUUAACACACUGGUCCAAUCAGGAUUCACAUUCAUGUUAAUCACAAACCAUUUGCCACAAUCCUUUGGAAUAAGUGCCACAGUAAUGUCCCGCAGGUACAUUCCUCCCAAGAUUAUCUGCUGAAAGACUUCCCUGACAAUGUCCAGACAUAUUUCUGGCCAGGUCCGGACUGAGAAUUAAAAUAGGCUCUGGCAUUUCAGGUACACAGAGGCCCAAUCAGCCCACACAGAGGCCCAAACAGCCCCCCACCAGCCCACUAAAUACUGACUUUCUAUGGGACCUUAUAGCAGCCCCUCUGGCAUUUGCCAGAACCCACAGAUUGCCAGUCCGGGCCUGUUUCUGGCCCACCUCAAGCUUUUGGGAAGCCUUGUAGCUUCCCAUGGAUAUGAACAGGUUCUGUCCUCCCUAAAUAGAGCAGUAUGUGUGUGCCUGUCAUUUAGGUCUGUGGACUGUCCCAAGGCAGAAGAGGGGCAUGCAAACCAGACCCAGAACAUAAUCUUAAGGGGAUAUAUAGGAUACAUGAAAAAAACCAUAAUUUUGUAGGGAAUUAUGAGUAAUAUGUAUGGUGUUGCUUUAACAUGGUGCUAAAAAGUAAUAAUAUCUUUAAAAAUAGCCCCUUUAUAGAUGUUCUGAUGAGGAGUGGGUGGUCUAUGCCAGAAGCACAAUAGCAGGGGGACAGCCAAUCACAGCCCUGCAGUCACACAAGCAAAGACAGGCUUCAGUUCCCUAUCAGGUCCUGCUAGCUGCUGAUUGGUUCCUGUCCUACAGUGCAAUGAGCUGAGAGCC